AUGGCGAUCAAUCCCGCCACCAAACCACAGCACUUCAUGGAGCUCACCCAAAAUCCGCAUCAUCACCACCGCCCGCUCGCUCACAACAUCUACCAGCCCAUGCCCAACCCUCACCUUCUGCACGGCGAAGCUAAGAGCUCCGCCGCUUCCGCAGUCCAGCAGAACGCUGAAGCCAUGAUCUCCCGUCACCGAACUGCCUCUACCUUUGACACCGAGAGCCAAUCCCCAACCUACGCCUCCCCGUCCGAUCCUCUAGACCUCUCUCGCCGUCUCAAGUCCCGGUCGGAGCUCGACCACAUCACGGCCAACACAGCCCGGAAACGGAAUACCUGUAAUCCGUUAGAUUUGGCGGGGCAGUCUCCCCAGUCUAAGAUCACAAACUUCUACGAGUCGCAGAAUGAACAGAUUCAGCGCCUUCUGAAGCCGGUAGAUGAGCAUGUCCGAGAAGCCAGAGACACACAAACAUCCACCCAGUUGCGCUUUCAGAUCGCCGUAUACGGCUCGUUCCUGGCGAACAUCAUCCUCGCAGUGCUGCAAGUCUAUGGUGCCGUGAGUUCGGGUUCACUGUCACUGUUUACGACUAUGGCGGACGCUAUAUUCGACCCCUUGUCCAAUGUCACGCUUAUCUUGUCCAACAAAGCCGUCAACAAAGUCGAUGCGCGCAAAUUUCCCGCCGGAAGAGCACGCAUAGAAACAGCGGGAAACAUUGUAUUUUGUUUCCUGAUGACCGCUGUCUCCUUCAUCCUCAUUGCCUUCUCUGUACAAGAACUCGCGCGGGGCUCGUCUGAAGAUACCAAGAGUUUCCAUCUCCCAUCGGUGGUUGCUGUGAGUCUUGCGUUUUGCACAAAACUUGGGCUCUUUCUGUAUUGCUGGGCACUCAGGAAUCAAUACUCUCAAAUCCGCAUCCUCUGGGAAGACCACCGCAAUGAUCUGUUUAUCAAUGGCUUUGGUGUGUUGACGUCUGUAGGCGGGAGCAAGUUGCGCUGGUGGAUAGACCCCGCUGGUGCAAUUGUUCUCUCAGUCCUGAUUUCCGUCCUGUGGCUUCAUACUGCGUCCUCCGAAUUCCAGCUCCUCAUCGGCAUCUCCGCCGACACCGAAACGCAACAACUCAUCACGUACGUGUCCAUGACACACUCGGACCACAUCAAGCAUAUCGAUACCGUGAGAGCAUGGCACAGUGGACCGAGACUGGUCGUGGAAGUGGAUGUUGUUAUGGAUCCUGAGGAGUCACUGAGAGUGAGCCACGACAUCGCCGAGGAUCUGCAGAUGAAGCUGGAGAGUCUCCCCAACGUGGAGAGGGCCUAUGUCCAUGUGGACUACGAGUUUGAGCAUCGGCCGGAGCAUUUCUUGAAAAAGGAGUUAUAA